UUGACAUUUGACAAUUGACUUAGUAUUUAAGUGAUAACAAAAAUGUUGAUUGCCUGCUAUGUAAUUUUAUUUAAAACCUUUAAGUUAUAUUUGUUGUGAUGGCGAUUUUUGAAAAAUCUUUUCAAAGCAAGGUUCGAAUAGAUGACACUGAUACACUAGUAUGUCUCUUAGAAAAUGCUCAGAGUAUCAACAAACACACUGAAUAUAUUUUACGAGUACAAAAAGGACCAAACAAGGAAAAAACCUGCGUCUCACGUAGAUACAGGGAUUUUGCGGUUUUGAAUACAAAUCUGCAGCAAGCAAACAUUGAUCUGCCCAUUCCACCAAAGAAGCUUAUUGGAAACAUGCAGCCAUCGUUUGUAGCAGAAAGACAAAUAGCUUUACAGAAUUAUAUUAAUGAAGUUUUAAAACAUCAAAUUCUAGCUCUAUCACUUCCAGUAAGAAGUUUUUUGGAUCCAAAUAAUUACUCCAUUUCAAUAGCAGAGCAAGCUUUACAAACAGUGUCAAUAGCUCUCAGGGGGAGUGGGCAGUUUGAACUUAAGUCACCUCUACCAGAUAUUGGUUGGAGGAUAAGAAAACAUUACUUCUUAGUCAACGAAUCAGAAAGUGGAUCGAACUGUCUAUUAUCAUAUCAGAGCUAUGGACCCGAUCACACUCUCCAUGUUAAAGACCUGCAGGCUGCCUUCAGGAGCUUGCAAAAUAUAUCACAUCCGUACAUAGCAGACAUAUUAGCGAUGAACACGUUAGAAUCAGGCGCCUACGUUGUGAGACGCAUAUAUAAGAACGGUAGCUUCAGGGAUCUGUUAUACGGAACGGAGUACAAUAAGAGCCAUCUAGCUAAAUACGGCAAUCCCAAGACAAGGAAGCCGUUCACGAACGGUCAGAUAUCACACUACGGGUACCAAAUAUUGCAGGCGUUGAAGUUUUUGCACAGCAAGGGCUUACCGCACGGUCACUUACACCCCGGCAACAUAACCGUGGACAAUCAGACCGCUCUGCUAUUGGAUAUAGAGAACCUGCUGAUGGGCGUACCGAGUCUGUGCCGGCCGUAUGUGUUGGAUGUGAGGAGAGCGAAUACGAUGGAGUCAGUGGACGUGUAUUGUUUCGGGAGGACUUUAUACGAGAUGGCCUUCGCGUCGCCGCUACAACAACACUACUGUGACGUUUACCCUGAUAAUAUUCCGCAAGACUUGGAAUCGGUGUUACGGCUGUGCCUGUCGAGCGCGUCGUGCAAACAGGACAUCCCGAGCUUGGACCGCCUGUUACACCAUCCGCUGUUCACGCGAGCGACGCUCAACGGCCUCGCGCCACGUUGUGAUGCGCGGCCGCAUCUGAAGUUCCCCUUGAACAUUAAAGAACAGAUCAAAGCGGCGGUCAGUUUCGUCGAGGAGAGGAUGAACGCGGAUCAGAAGUCGGUCCGCUCCGCGAGAAGAGAAGUCAGGAUCCAAGAGAUACUCAACUCUGAGGAAGAAAUGAAAAAACAGAGGAAGCGAGCCAAAAAGCGUUCGAGUGUGUGGAAAUCGAGCUCGUCCCUGGCGGAGGCUUCCCGUAGCGCCAGCGGGGCCUCCUCGCCGACACUCACACCGACCCCAAUCGAUACGAGCGCAAACAUCUCGUUCCGUGCAGAUUCAAGUCCGCACACAGGCAACACCGGCGACAAUACAACCAGUAAUGGCUCGACUUUCCCCCCUGGCGGGUCUGCCAGCCCACGUGGAGCUCUCCUCAGCGACAUUUGUUCAUUCGAUCGAAGCCGACUGUCGCGAGUGACGUCACCGUCUUAAUCAUAGACUAUACAAUAUACAUAUAAUCUGUAUGAACUUAUACAGCUGUAACAGUGUGGCCUUGACCUUAUUUUGUUUUUAUAACGAAUAAUGCUACUUAUAACGACAUAUUUAUAUAAUAUUUUGGUUAAAUUAAAAUGUAUCCAUACUUGUGAUUAACUGGUAUUCUGAUUAUAAAUAUGCUGUACGGAUCAUAGACGAUAAAUCCGGCGAUCAGAAUAAGAAAUGUAUAGCCAGUCAUAGACAAAGUUAUAAUUUUGUAAAAGUUAUUAAGAAUCGUAGUGUUUCGUGUAUUUUAUGAUGUAGGCACUUGUGAUAUGAAACUAAAUAUUUUUAUAAAUGAAUAUUAUAUUUUAAGACAAUCUCAUUUAAUAACACCAAAAAUAUAUAUUAACUUAAAAAAAAUAAAAAAAAUAAUAAAAAAACUGAACAAAAACUUUUAGUAUAUAGAAUUAAAUGCUAACUAACAUAUUUAGGUCCUAGACGAUUUUGAUUAAAAAAAAAUUACACAAUCAAUGCAAGUAUUACUUCAUUAUAUAUAUACGUAUAUAUGUAUGUAUUAGGCAUACAAAAUGUCUUAAUUUUUUAAGUAUUAUAAUAUAUAUAUGUCAUAAUCAUAAUGUACAUAGACAAUCAUAGGUUCGUCGUCUAUAUAAAUGCUGUAUUAUUUUCCAUGUAACUUCUCAUUAAAGUAAGUCAACAUGAACAGAAACUGUUUUAUAUUUUACUUUGAGAUGUUUACUAUAUAUGAAGCGUGGAGGCCGGUCGCCGCGCGCUGGCUUAAAUAUUGUUUAGAAGCUUUAAUUAUACAUUAGUUUGAGAGCGGAACUUAUUUUGAUAUAAUCGUUUGUUGUGAUUUAAGAGAAUAUAUAGUUGAAGUGAA